AUGGGCAAAUACGAACUGGUUCCGGAAUGGCUGGUUAGGAAAUCGAUGAUUGGUGCGCUGGUGGCAUUCGGGGCGUGGUUUGGUGCGGCAUGCUUCACCGAUUUUGUUGCGAUCGGCAUUGAAACGAUGCGACUCGAUAAUCUCGUCGGCAGUGUGGCUCCCGGAUUCGAAAAAGUUGAAAAGGUGUUCAGAAAAAAUUUCGCUGAUGGAUGGGAACGCGAAGGUGCCGCUGUCACCGUGUACCACAAGGGUCGGCUGAUCGUUGAUCUUCAAGGCGGCUAUGCUGAUCGAUCGUCUGGACGAAAAUGGACGCCGGAAACGAGAACUGUGGUUUUCAGUACCACAAAGGCGGUUGGGGCGGUCUGCGUCGCGAUGCUCGUCGAUCGCGGAUAUCUCUCAUACGACGACAAAAUGAGCAAGUAUUGGCCGGAGUUUGCGCAAAACGGCAAAGAGAACAUCACAAUUGAUUGGCUCAUGUCGCAUCGAGCCGGCCUCGCCGCUCUCGAUGAUCCGAUCACGAUCGAAGACGCGCAAGACUUUGAGAGGAUGAGCGAAGUGAUCGCGAAACAGAAGCCGAAUUGGGAGCCGGGAACCAAAAGCGGAUAUCACGCCAUCACUUAUGGUUGGAUUGUCGAUCAGAUCGUUCGCCGAACUGAUCCCAAAGCAAGAUCUGUCGGAGUUUUCUUCAAAGAGGAGGUCGCUGACAAAUUCGGAAUCGACUUCCACAUUGGACUUCCGCCGAGCGAAGAGCACACCGUCUCGCGACUCUCGAUGCCCAACAAUUUGCAUUUGUGUCGUGAGAUUAUCUACGAUCCGAGAGUUCUCAUCGUGCUUGCUGUCUUCAAUCUCCGGCCGCCAAACUCGUUGGCGCGCAAAAUCGCCGCGAAUCCGACAUGGUUCAAAUUGGAGCAGGAUGUGAACACCUUCAACAAUCCGGCACUUCACGCGAUCGAGCAAGUCGCCGCACUCGGCAUCACCAAAUCGCGCGAUCUCGCCAAAUUGUUCAGUCUCGUCCAACAGGGAAAAUUGUUCUCGAAGGAUCUCCUCGAUCGCUUCAAGACGCCGCAAGUUCAAGGAAUCGAUGAGGUCGUGAUGACACCGCUGCCGAAAGGUCACGGCUUCCUCUAUGAACGCCAUCCGAUGGGAGGUAAUCGCUGGCUCGUCGGUCAUCCGGGAUACGGUGGAAGUACGGUAAUGAUGGAUCUCGACGAGGAGAUCACAAUUGCAUAUGUUUCCAAUGGAUUGAAAACUGGAAUGGGCGAAUUGACACGAACAUAUCGUCAUUUGCGUGAUGCCGUCUUCGAAAGUCUUGAGAAGCUCAAAAAAUCGGGAUCGGUCGCCAUCGAAUCGCUUGUUGCACCCAUCGAAAUCGCCUAA